GCCGCGAGUUUUCGUGUCGUAAACAUUGUUAUCAAUUGCGCUGUCACUAGUAAUUAUUUAAAUCGCAUAAAACAUUCAAUUUUGAGUACUUAUCAUAUACCAAAUUAAACGUAAUUACACGGACUAAAUAAACGUUAAAAUAAUUUAGUGUUGUAAAUCAUAUUAAACCUAAUAAAAGUGAUUUUAUUUUAAACUAAAAACGUUAACGGUCAAAAAGUGAAAUUCGUGACCUUGCUUGCCUCUUUCAGCGGUCUCGGUCAGCUGGUGGCACUUGCUCUCUCGCACUAACUCGCGUGUGCAUCUCGCUCUGGUCGGCUGUGCAUUGCGGGUGAAUCAUCGUUUUGUGUCUGCACUUGCAUAUUUUUGUUAUAUAGAGAAAUGAAUAAAAUGUCAUCUACGGAGCUCACUUGUGCGGGAUGUCGCUGUGUUAUCUCCAACAGGGAAUACCUUCGUUGUAGCCUGUGUCAGGAAGUGUACGAGCGUAAAUGUACGACAGUUUCAGAACAACGCUUUUAUAACACUAUGACAAAGGAACACAAACUCUCAUGGAAAUGUGAUCAGUGUAGAAGCAAACAGCCUAAAACGGGUAACUCAAAUACGCCGGUGCGUGGUGCUGAUGAGAACGUCACACAUCGCCGAGGUACAGCCAGGACUGCAUCAUCAUCUAACGAGGAAGGCACUGACUCUUUACUUGUAUUGGAGAUGCGCUCUGUUGGUGAGCAGCUGAGGGCGGUGCGGCAUCAGAUGGAGGAGCUGACGGCCACUGUCUCUGGUGCCAUGUUGAAGAUCGAGGCCUGUAAUGAAAGGAUUGAUGGUCUGUCAGCUCGCAUGGACGGUAUGGAGCGUCGAAUGAAUGAGAUAUCGGGGAGCCAACGCGAUGGUGGCUCCUUACUGCGAAGUAUAGCCCAACUUAAGAGCGAGCUAAACGAACGUGAUCAGGAGCUUCUGUUGAACGACGUCGAGCUAUCUUGUGUACCGGAGCAGCAGGGUGAGGCGGUUGGUCACGUGAUCCUGACAUUGGCCACUAAACUGGGUGUACCGUUGACGGAGCGGGAUGUGGUGAGUGCGACUCGUAUGGGUCGUGUGCCGGAGCCUAGAGAGGGCACAGCUCCUCGUCCUCGUGUCAUCGCUGUGCGGUUGGCGCGACGUGCUUUGCGAGACCAGUUGAUACAGGCGGCCAGGGUGCGCCGUGGCGCGACAACUGAGGGUGCAGGCCUACCGGGUACGCCGCGGCGUUUUUAUGUUAAUGAAAGGUUAACCAGGGCUAAUCGGCAAUUAUUUCAAAAAGCGCGUGAGGCGGCGAGGCAGCACGGCUGGCGCUUUUGCUGGACAAGGAAUGGGAAAGUAUAUGUUCGAAAGCAUCCGGGGGGUGAUGCUGUUAAAUAUCGAGUUCACUCGGAGGAUGACCUGGAAGGUGUUUUUGGUUUGCCUUCCGUUUGUUCGUCCGUUGAAAAACAAUAGAACACGAUUAUUUGUAGUCACUAAUUAUUUAUAUUUAUUAUCACAAACUGUCCAUUGUUAUAAGUUUGCUUUUAUUUGUAUUAUAAAAUUUGUGUUCAUAACGUUUGCCACCGUAACACACUUUUUAAGAGAUUAUUUUAAAGGUCACUUGGUUGUCUUUGUAAAUGAUUUCGAACAAUACACAAUCAACAUAAACUUUAUUAAUGAUCAGAUGUAUGAAAUGUCUAUUUCUGGGGUUACUUGUGUGAGUUUAUUAUUAUUUAUUGGUAUUUAUAAUUAUAUAUGGUUAAUUAUUUUAUUAUAUCACAUUCAUAUUUAGCACUAAGUUUUUUAAAUUAG